AGAUGGAGGCCAUGGAGGUGGACUUCCCCGUGGAGGGAGGUGGUGGCGGGCGGCUGGAGGAGGUAGUUCCGGUGGCGGGUCCAGCCGGAGAUCCCUCCCGCCCGCAGGGUUUCUCAGACUCUGGCAGCAGCACCGAAGUGGACGAGGACGAAAACGAAAACGACGAGGGGCCUCUCAGGCUCCCGGCCACGUGGGCGUUCAGCCAGAGGGUGGUGGACAGAGCCUCAGCUCCACCUUCGGCCGCUCCAGGGACGCACACUCGGAGGAGACUCAGGCAGGGUCUGCGGGUGCACUACCCCAGCCAGUCUACAGCCCCCUCCAGAGGCUUCCCAGACUUCCUGCUCCGAGCUCCGGCCGCCGCCGUCCCCGAACCCGAGUCCGGCAGCACCACCGAGGUCAGCGACUCUGAGGACGAGGGGGGGGGGAGAGAGGGGAUUCCUGCUGUUGCUCAGCCCACCGAGCCCGUCCCAACUGCCGGUCCUCUGCAGGACCCACCCCCAGAACCACAGGCCGCCACUUCAACCAACUCUGGUUCACCUUCAGACGGCGACAGGACAGAAGUUCAAAAUCAGCAUAAUCAGCCGCCGCACUCUGAGGACUCGGAGGGCGACGCGUGCAGCAUCUGCUUCGAGGCGUGGACGACGGCGGGCGAGCACCGGCUGUCCGCGCUGCGCUGCGGACACCUGUUCGGAUUCACCUGCAUCCAGCGCUGGCUCAAGGCUCAGGGGUCGGCGGGGAAAUGUCCACAGUGCAACAAGAAAGCAAAGCGGACCGACAUCGUGCUGCUGUACGCUCCGAAGCUGAGAGCCCUGGACAACUCUGAGCAGGAGAGCCUGAAGAAAUCUCUGGAACAGGAGCAGUCUCUGAGGAGAAAGGCUGAACUGGAGUCGGCCCAGUACAAGCUCAAACUGCAGGUGGUCACCAACCAGUACGGACAGGCCCAGCAGGAGCUUCAGGAGCUGAAGGCCUUGAUGGCUCACACCAGCAGGAGCUGUGCCCCCUCCUCCUCCUCCACUUCCCCCCUCCUCAGUCUGUCUCAGCGGGCCGACGGCUCCAAAAAGGCCGGCUACAGCUUCUCUAAGGCCCUGCUGGUGUCUCAGGCGGGUGGCUGCCGGGUUUUGUCCUACUGUGAACCUCUGAGCUGCCUGCUGGCCUCUCAGCCUUCUCCCCACUCCACACUGGUGCCCGGUUGUGGGGUGAAGAAGGUGAGCGUGGUGAACAUGAAAGCAAGUCAGUACGUUCCCAUCCACAGCAAGCAGAUCCGAGGCCUGAGCUUCAACAGGCAGAACGACAGCCUGCUGCUGUCCGCCGCGCUGGACGGCACCAUUAAACUGACCAGCCUGCUGACCAACACAGUGGUCCAGACCUACAACGCCGGUAAACCCGUGUGGAGCUGCUGCUGGUGCCUGGACAACAGCAACUACGUGUACGCCGGUCUGAGUAACGGCUCGGUGCUCAUCUACGACACCAGAGACACCAGCACACACGUCCAGGAGCUGCAGCCGCUGCGCUCCAGAUGUCCGGUGGCGUCCCUCUGCUACGUCCCGCGCGCGGCCUCCAGCUCCUUCCCCUGUGCGGGGCUCAUCGCCGGGUCCCUGGAGGGGGGGUACUUCUGGGAGCAGGUGAACGAAACCACCUACAGGCCGCACUUCCUCCCGCUGGAGAACGGGGGCUGCACGGACAUCCAGGUGGAGCCGGAGAGCAGACACUGCCUGGUCACCUACAGACCGGGCCGCUCCCACCCGUCUCUGCGCUGCGUGCUGAUGGCUCUGGACCGGAGCCCCCAGCAGGACUCCGGCCAGCUGCCCGGCUGCUCCUGCUCGCCCGUGCAGACCUUCAGCGCCGGCUCCUCCUGCAAGCUGCUCACCAAGAACGCCGUCUUCAAGAGCCCCGACGGAGCCGGGAUGCUGGUCUGUGCCGGGGACGAGGCCUCCAACUCCACCAUGGUGUGGGAUGCAGGCAGCAGCUCGGUGCUCCAGAAGCUUCCGGCCGACCUGCCGGUGCUGGACAUCAAACCCUUCUCGGUGAACGGCGAGCACUUUCUGGCCGCGCUCACGGAGAAGAUGCUGAAGCUCUACAGAUGGGAGUGAACCGGAGUCCCAGAGCACAAAGCAAAGGCAGGAUGCAUUCUGGGUAAAACGUGGACAUGUACAUGCUGCUAAACAUUCACACAGAGGAAGAAAAAAACAAACAAACCCAGGGAGUGAUGGACUUGAGGAAACUUUUCUUUUACCUUUUUUAUUUUUUUGAUUUGCCUCAUUUUAUUUUGCUCAUCUUUCAGGUGUUUGUGUUUUUUUUCUGGUUCUGGGGCAGCUUUGUGUUGGGACUCAGGUCAUUCUUACAUAGCCUAUGUCAAAAGUUGGUCAAAUCUCAGUCUUUACAUCAUGAAAAUGGACAGAUGUCCUCUUUCUGCCUUCUGAUUGUCUUUUCAUUUAAUGGUUAUGGCUCUACGAACUGUCAUUUUCUAUUUCAGACCAAAAGGUUUUGUCUUUGUUUUUUUAGCUGGAAUGUAAUAGUCAUCUGGACCUUAUUAUUUAACUUUGAUUUGACUCUUAACACUGAUUUAUCCCCAAGCAGGGUUUUUACAUAUCACUUGUCACAUUUUAUAGCAGCAUCCCUCCCACCACAGCACAGGUAGGCUGAAAAAAAAAGGUAUUUUCUGAUUUGAAACUUGGUUGUUAAACUAGUUUUAAACAGGAAGCUCUCAGUCCAGGCUCUCUGAAUAUUCCUAAACUUGUUUUUUUGUAGCUAAGAAGUAUAAUCAUGCUGAAAUCCACCUCAUAAAAUAGCAGCAUCACCACAAACAUAACUGAUAAUGAACCUGGUGAGUUCCACUGGCCGCCCUGACCCAGACCCAGAUUUAUUAUUCUCUAUUUUUGCAUGUUAUUUUUCUUGAAGUGCCAGAAGCCAGCGAUCAAACUUGAAGUGGAAAAAAGCUAACUGGAACGUGCAAACAUCCAUCUGGAAACGAUCCAGAGACGUUAGAAACUUCUUCAGAUUGUUUAUGACCGCCCCGUUUAAAUGAAAGGACCACCAGCUCAGAGGCCUUGAAUUGACCACAUUUCAAUUCCUCAUGAAAAUCAAAACUCCAUACUUGGAGUUUUUUAAUUCAGUCCGACUCCCGGUCCCAGUUAAACAGCUGCGUUUCCCUCUCUGGCUCAUUUUCAUCGUCUUAAGAAAGACCUGUACUUUUCACUCCGAAUGGAACAUUAAGUGCCAAAGUCGACUAUUGUAAAUGUUACUUUUUUUGUCUUUUAAAGGUUGUAUAUAUGUAUAUUUGCUACCAACUGUGUACAACUUCAAAGUUAAUAAAAUUGUGAUUUAUUUUGAAUUGAA